AUGGAAGAUUCGGAAAAUCACGUCGAGGUGUCAUUGCCGUCAGCAAAAAGGAUAGCUUUAGGUGCGAAGAUUGAGUUGCAACCACCGUUGUCCCGAUUAGGACACGGCCCGGGCCUCAUCGUUUUGAUUCCGACUGUAACCUCCAACGUCACUUCGAACCCAGAUCAUCUCGCACCGCUUGAGAAAUGGGCCGAAGAAGGAUUCGCAGUUGUAGAGAUACAGCUUGCGUCCAUCGAUUCUACCGGCAGUCCCCAGAAAAGUAUUGAGAUUGCCCUUGAUGUAUUCGAUACAGACUCGUGGAAUAAGGUGGCCGCGUUUCUGCCACAAUGCCCACGCAUUGUAGCGGUGGUGGGAUAUGGAAAGGAAGCUUUGCGAUAUAAUGAGGGCGAAAACUCGUUUCCUCCAUACCUGCAUCACCUCGGGGGUCCAGCCGUCGAUGAGCCUCAAGAACAGAGACCGCACAAGAUAUUUCGAUAUCCUCAAGCAAAAUACGCCACGUUUGCUGUCCCAGAUCCAGAGAAAUUCCAUUACUCGUCCGAAUCCAUAUCGCAUUCCCGAAACCUCACAUUUCUCAAGAAGCAUAUUGGGGGCCCUUAUUUCGAUUUGGAAGCAAUAUGGGAAGAGCACACUCGCUAUGAAUUUGCGGAGAGAAAUGUAGAAAAAACAAUGGGCACGAUGGUUCAACAGCCAUAUGUCAACCAUAUUCCAACCAUGACGGGCGGAAUUGGACGGGAGAGGUUGACUAAGUUUUACCGACACCACUUCGUCUUCAAUAAUCCUGAAGAUACUGAACUAGAGUUGGUGAGCAGGACGGUUGGCAUCGAUCGAGUGAUCGAUGAAUUCGUGUUUGUCUUCACACAUAACAUGCAAAUCGAUUGGCUCUUGCCUGGCGUCCCACCUACCGGGAAGCAUGUCCGCGUGCCUUUCACUUCUGUCGUCAAUGUCAGGGGUGAUCGACUCUACCAUGAGCAUAUUGCUUGGGACCAAGCGUCUGUUCUUGUCCAGCUCGGCUUGAUGCCGGAAUAUCUCCCUUUUCCGUACGCACUUCCAAAUGGACAGGUACCGGCUUCGGGGAAGAGAUUUGAGUACCAAGUGCCGGCUGCUGGUGCCGACACGGCGAAGAAGAUUUUGGAUAAGAACAGUGUUCCAUCGAACGGCAUGUUUGAUUAUCAAAUCCGAGAGGUGGACACAAAUUGA